AUGCAGGUCUCAAACACAACGAAAAAGCAACAUGUCAACAUUUCUAUUCCCAAAGAAGUUGUUGUUGAGAUAUUACAAAGAGUACCUUGCAAAGAUUUGUUUGAAACUUUAAAGAAAGUAUGUAUGCAGUGGUGUUCGAUUAUCUAUAGUGGGAGUUUUGCCUACUCACACGUUGAAUGCAGAAUAUUAAAAUCAUCAUCAUCGUUCUCACAAUUGGAAGCCGUUGUUAUUGUCAGUAUUAAUGGUACACGUUCUGUUACAGUUUCUGCAUUGGAAUGGCACAGUAGUUUUCCAAACUAUCCUCCUGAUGACAUUUGGGAGACUAAAUACAUGUAUACAUUAGAUGAUGUAUUGGAAUUUCCACCACAAGUGAUAACAGUAAAUUCUGUGAAUGGUUUUGUCUGUUUCUGGAGUUGCAAUGCUCGUCUCCAUGUCUGCAAUCCUCUGACUGACGAGUAUUUCACUACUCCACCAUAUACAUAUGAAAAUCGUUUUGUUCCACUCUGUCUUGCUGCAGUUGGCUUCGGGUUUUGCCAGCUUUCAUAUGAAUACAAGGUGGUUGUUCUUCAUGAAGACGGUGAAGGAUUUGAAUCUGUUGAGAUUAAACCAUUAGUUUUUACUGUUGGAACUGACCGUUCGUGGAGGUCUCUGAAAGCAAUUCCUGAUACAAAAUUUUAUACGAGACAUGAGAAGGGUGUACAUGUGAAGGGGGUAUUAUAUUGGUACAUGGAGAGUUGUACUCUGCCACGUUGUCGGAGUAAGAUCAUUAAAAGCCUCAUAUGUUUUGAUGUAUCUAAAGAAGAAGUUGUUACGACUAUGGUUCCAGCUGAACUCGAUAGCCUAGAAGGAGGUCGGUAUGUAUCUAGGAUAGCAGAAAAGGGAAGAAACCUUUGUUUGGUAAACAUAAGUUAUGGUCCUAUUUGCUCCCUCUUGAUCAAGGUAUAUAUUGCGGACACUAGUACUGAUUUGAGUAGCUUCAAUUCUUGGAAGAAUGAGUUCAAUGUGACUGUUCCUAAUAUGGCUUACAAUAUAAGCAUCAUGAACUCGUGGUUCGUCUCAAUUGUUACUGAUGACAUGUUGGUGAUUCAAAUUAUGAGUGAGAGUGAAAUCUUUAUUGAUGUAGCAACUGGAAUGCUGUUGAGUGCACGUAUUCUGUAUGGCUCUGCAAGUUUUAUCCCUUAUGUGCCAAGUUUGGUGUCUCUUUUCCAUCGCCCGCCUCUUUUGAACUCUUCUUUUACGUGCUAG